UGGCGGUGACGUCAUCGGAAGCCAAGCCCGUGGAGAAGCCAGGCUCGGCUCGUGUGCCCUGGCCGACGGGAGUCAGGCGCGACGCGUGGCCCUCGCCGCUUCCGGGGGAGCGAGCGGUGCGUGCCCAGGCUCCAGUGCCGGCUCCGAGCACCGAGUCUGGAGUAGCCCUCCUGCGUAACCUGUAUUCGGAGCACUUCGUGUGGGAGAGACCGAGGUGGUGGCCUCGUGACAGCCUGGUCGGGCGACAGACGAGCCCGGCGAUGAGUGAGAAGCUGGACACGGAAGUAAAGCAAAGGGAGAGACGUGCAGCCCAUGCGGACGGGGUGGGGUUAGGUUGGGGAGCACAUGGAGGCCUGCGGCCCGGAUGCCAGUGCGGCGUACAGCCCUGCAGCCCCGGGAUGUCACGAGGAAGAGGGGCCUGGACCAGCUGCCGGGCCUGGAGCUCAGCCUGGGCUCUACGGCUACAUAAGGGAUGACCUGUUCACCUCCGAGAUCUUUAAACUGGAGCUGCAAAAUGUGCCUCGCCAUGCCAGUUUCAGUGACGUCCGGCGCUUUCUGGGCCGAUUUGGCCUACAAUCCCACAAGAUCAAACUCUUUGGACAGCCACCUUGUGCCUUUGUAACAUUUCGCAGCGCUGCUGAACGAGACAAGGCCUUGCGAGUGCUGCACGGUGCUCUCUGGAAAGGCCGCCCCCUCAGCGUGCGCCUGGCCCGACCCAAGGCUGACCCCAUGGCUAGAAAGAGGCGGCAGGAAGGCGAUAGUGAGCCAACAGCUACGCAAAUUGCCGACGUGGUGACCCCGCUUUGGACAGUACCCUACUCUGAGCAGCUGGAGCAGAAACGGCUGGAAUGUGAACGGGUGCUGCAGAAACUGGCCAAGGAAAUUGGGAGCACCAACCGUGCCCUGCUACCCUGGCUGCUCACACAGAGACAACAGCAUAAUAAGGCUUGUUGCCCACUGGAGGGGGUCAGGCCAUCACCCCAGCAGACUGAAUACCGCAAUAAGUGUGAGUUUCUGGUCGGAGUUGGGGUGGAUGGAGAAGACAACACGGUUGGCUGCAGGCUCGGCAAGUACAAGGGCGGAACCUGUGCUGUGGCGGCCCCCUUUGACACUGUGCACAUUCCAGAGGCCACGAAGCAGGUGGUGAAGGCCUUCCAGGAAUUCAUUCGGUCCACCCCAUACUCGGCAUAUGACCCUGAGACAUAUACAGGCCACUGGAAGCAGCUGACUGUUCGUACCAGCCGCAGAGGCCAGGCCAUGGCCAUUGCCUACUUCCACCCCCAGAAACUGAGCUCGGAGGAGUUGGCAGGGCUGAAGGCCUCCCUGGUGUACCACUUCAUGGAAGGGCCAGGCAAGGCCAGUGGGGUGACCUGCCUCUACUUUGUGGAAGAGGGACAGAGGAAGACUCCCAGCCAGGAAGGCCUGCCCCUGGAGCAUAUGGCUGGUGACCAGUGCAUCCAGGAGGACCUGCUGGGGCUGACCUUCCGUAUCUCCCCUCACGCAUUCUUCCAGGUAAACACACCUGCAGCUGAAGUGCUCUACACAGUCAUCCAGGAAUGGGCUCAGCUGGAUGGGGGCAGUACCGUGCUGGAUGUAUGCUGUGGCACUGGCACCAUAGGCCUGGCCCUGGCCCGGAAAGUGAAGAGAGUAGUUGGGAUUGAGCUGUGCCAGGAGGCUGUGGAGGAUGCCCGUGUGAAUGCCCGUACCAAUGAGUUGAACAACGUUGAAUUCCACUGCGGCAGGGCUGAGGAUCUUGUGCCGGGCUUGGUGAGCAGACUGUCCUCCCAGCAACUUGUAGCUGUCCUAGACCCACCACGGGCAGGCCUACAUUCCAAGGUGAUUCUGGCCAUUCGUAGAGCUGAGAACAUCAAGCGACUCCUGUAUGUUUCCUGCAAUCCCCGGGCAGCCAUGGGCAACUUUGUGGACCUCUGCAGGGCCCCAUCUAACAGAGUAAAAGGCAUCCCAUUCCGUCCAGUCAAGGCUGUGGCCGUGGACCUAUUCCCACAGACUCCACACUGCGAGAUGCUCAUCCUGUUUGAGAGGAUGGAACAACACCCUAACGGCAUAGGAGCCCUGGGGCAUCAGGACUCUCAAACCCCAAGAAAUCCUCCUGAUGCCACCCCAAAGGAAACAGAGACUUCCCUCUCAUCCGAGGUCUUGGGAACUGCAGAAGUACAGAACAAAAGCUGAAAGCUCCUUGCAGCUCCCUACUAAGCAGAGGGUGGCAGGCAAACAGCGGUGGGCAGGAGACUGACCUAGCUGGUACUACCAACACCUGUGUCCUGUAAUGGGACAGCCCGACUCCAGAAUAAAUGAUUGCUGAUUUGCUGA